AUGGAUGACAUAUGCUUUGGUUCUCACUCUGAAAGACAGAGAAAACACUUCACCCGAGAUCAUUGGUGUUGCCUUGACCAUUCUUUUACUUCUCUUCCUCUCUUCGUUGGCAACAUUCCCUCUUGUGCGCCAUCUCCAUCACAAUGUUUUCGAAAGACUCACCGGUUUGCUGGGUGGUCUGCUCUUCUUCUCCUCUGGGCCUUCAUCAUCCUCACAAUCUCUUAUGACCCCAAAACCAAGUCCUAUAGCAAUGACCUUGGGUCUAGGUUGAUAAAGCAACAAGAAUUCUGGUACACAACUGCCAUUACAAUAACAAUAAUCAUGCCAUGGAUGACAGUGAGACGUGUGCCGGUUAAAGUAUCUUCCCCGUCAGGCCAUGCCUCCAUUAUCAAGUUUGAAGGAGGAGUGAAAGGUGGUAUAUUGGGAAGGAUUAUUCCAUCACCCUUGCCCAAAUGGCACGCCUUUGGGAUCAUUUCUGAUGGGAAGAAACAACACAUGAUGCUCGCUGGUGCCGUUGGUGAUUUCACCAAAUCCUUGGUAUCAAACCCACCGAGCCAUUUAUGGGCGAGGCAUGUGCACUUUGCUGGUCUGCCUUACCUGGUGAACAUGUAUGAUAGGGUUUUGGUGGUGGCAACAGGGUCAGGUAUUUGUGUGUUUCUCUCUUUCCUGUUGCAGCCAUGUUCAGCUGAUGUUUGCGUGCUCUGGGUGGCCAAAGGAAUUGAACAAAACUUUGGAAAGGAGAUUAAAGAGAUGAUGAGUGGGCAUCCUAAAGACAAGGUAAUUGUCCUUGAGACUGCGGUGCUUGGUCGGCCGAACAUGUCAAAAAUGAGCGUGGAUGCAACAAGAAACUGGGGAGCUCAGGUGGUGAUUGUAACUAGUAAUCCAGAAGGGAGCAGGGAUGUUGUCGAUGCAUGCAAUGUUUCUGGCAUUCCUGCCUUUGGUCCCAUUUGGGACUCUUAA